AUGUCGGAAUGGUUUCGCUCUCUUCCCCAUGCUCUCGAUAGUGUCGCAAAUACUGCCAAGUUUCAACAAGAGAGUCUAUACUCUCUCAUUAACUUCUACCAACGUCGCUGUGCGGCUUUCACUGCCACCAUCGCGCGUCUGAGGGCGGAGCGAAAUGCACUCAAAAGAGAGCUACAAGAAGCACGUCAAGAUAAUGAUCGCAUAGUCCUGCAUUACAACCAAGAACACGGAGCUGAGCCCGCUCCUCUCCUCAAUUCCAAUGGGAAACGCCCAAUGACAGAAGUCCGACGAACCAGUAAUAGCGUCAAAACAAGUUCGAGUCCAAGGUCCACCAUGACUCCAAAUAGACUUACCCUACCUCCUGGUCAACACCCUACAUUUACUCGGCACCCAAACGAAAACAAUGCACAACCCUCAAAUAAUAUAUCCGGUUACCUGGCGUCAAGUCACGAACCAAAUAGGUCAAAUAGUCACUUUAUCCAGCAAUACUCAUAUAACGAGGAUCAGUCAUUGCCGCAAGGACCUCAAGAUAUGUCAAUGCAAGCUUCAGAUCAAAUGCAGCGCUCUCUGAUGCCACCGCCGCCAGUACCACUACCAAGUCACCGACAGAGAGGUUUCAAACCUGCUACACAAUCUCACUCGAUGAAUAUGGACGCGUCUGCAGGCUCAUCUCGUCAGGGUCUAGAUCAGUCUACUACACGCAGUCAUGGUCGCAUGGGUCCUCCGUCGACUCCUCGAGGUCUCCCUCAGUUUCAAGCACGAACACAGCAGACGCCAUCAUCACGGCGGAUGGUGUCAACCCCUUGCCCACCAGGGAACAUGCAAAAUAAUACCAAUCACAAUCUUGGAGCUCCUAACCUUAUGGAUGUGUCUUCUAAUCGUUUCUUUCCUCCUUCUUCCUCGCAUGGUCGCCACGCAUAUAAUGCUUCCACGGCGCAAACAGGUAAUUCGACAAGAUUUACAAGGUUCGAUCCUGCUCCGAGGAAUGCGGCCCCAGGACCGAACGGUAGAACGUCUCAAGGGAGCCAGCGAAUGCCAUUUAUUCCAGGAGGCUCUGGAGGAUUUGGGUAA